AUGCAGCGAGUACAGCACGACUGUCAGAUCGACCUGAAGACGAACGAGAUUUUUUUCCUCCCGAACCGCACCCUCCUGCAGCGAGUGGGAAAAUCCCUGCGAAAGAUCUUGAUGGCCUCCCCGGGUAAUCCCCGAGCGCUCCGCUACCUGCGGAACCAAAGUGCCAUAAUCUACGAGUGCAGACGCCACACGCACGACAACAAAUCCAUCAUCCACCCAUUCAGCAUCUUCAGAUACUGGUGGGACUUCCUAAUGGUCCUGAACCUAGUCGGGAGUCUCCUCUCCAUCCCCCACCAGUCGACGUUCGACAUGGCGAGGUCCAUGACCCCAUCCUGGACCUUCAUAAAAAAUUUCUCGCUCACCAUCGACUGCAUCGACAUUCUCCUCAAUUUUUCGACAGGGUACUUCGCGAGGACCCGAAGGACAGUGGAGAUGCACCCCAGGAUGAUAGCGAAGAGGUACAUCCUAACAGGGACAUUCAUUCCAGAUGUUCUAGGAUCGCUACCAACCGAUGUCUUCUUCAUCCCCUCCUGGAACGACCGGACAGUGGCGCGUGAAUUGUCCAGCAUGAUCCACAUACUCCGGAUAUUCUCGACGAGAGUCUACAUAAAGCGAGUGGCAGAGACCUACGACGUGGCCGCCGGCCUCACGGGGAUCUUCACCUUCAUCCCGCUGUUCGUGAUAAGCGUUCACUGGCUGGCGUGCCUCAGCUGGAUCAUCCCAGUGGCCAAAAUCUCAUUGACCACCCCCCAGCCCCCCGAGGAGACAUCAUCCUCCUGGAUCAAUACCCAGGGGCUCUGGAACGCGGACAGUCAGGCGAAGUACGCAGUCGCCCUGAUGAGAUCGGUGACGAUUCUGACGAGAUCAGGCUUCUUGUCGAAGGAGCCGAUCGCCGACGAGGACCAGUACAUCGCCAUGGCCAUCCAGAUCCUGGGCACCGUGACCCUGUGCUACGUCGUGAGUCAAGCGAUGCUGAUGUUCAAGGGUGGCAACAGCUCGAAGCUCAAGUACCAGGCGACAGUGGCCCAACUGAAGCAGUACAUGCGGCACAAACAGCUGGAGCGAAACGUCCAGACGAGGUUCCUGACGUACUACGAGUUUCGUUAUCAGCAGCACUUCUUCCGCGAGUCCGAGAUCCUGAACACCCUCUCCUCGCAGGUGAAGCUGGAAAUUGGAAUGCAUUCCUGCAGGAAAUUAGUGGAGAAUGUAACAUUCUUCAACAACUUGCCGGUCUCGUUGUUGACAAGAAUUGUCGCACAGCUGAAGUCCGAGAUAUUUCUGACGAAUGACGUGAUUGUCAGAGCUGGACAGAGCGGUGAUUGCAUGUACUUCAUAGCAACUGGUACAGUUGCCAUUUACACUGACUCCGGCAGGGAGAUAUGUCACCUCGAGGAUGGCGCGCAUUUCGGUGAAAUAGCAUUAGUCAUGGCUGAUGAGAGACGAGUGGCUAAUGUCAUUGCCGUGGAAACAUGCGAGUUGUAUAGACUAGAGAGAGCCGACUUCAUCAAGACAAUUCAUCCUUAUCCAAUGCUGUGGGACAGAAUAAAGAAAAUAGCGAUGGAGAGGCACGAGAAGACAAUGAUACUGGAUACCCAUUGA